CGAGAGCUCCUUAAAAUCUUCCUUAUUGAGGAAUAUUACAGUCUUUAGUGAAUCGUAAUUACAGCCUUAUUGAGGAUAUUACAGUCUUUAGUUUCAAUUUGUCUUCAAAUUUAACUAAAAGCUGUAAUCGUAAACUGCUUAAAAUAUAGGACUCUUUUGUGAAUCGUGCGAAACUUUAGGCAUGUAUGAGUAGUUAUCAAGGACAAUUAAUGAAAUCGGAGCCGGCCAUCUGAAUCGCAAACAACUCCAGCAAUUGCUAUCGGCGCAGAUUUUCUCUGCGUAACCCAAACAGCCUUCACCUCCGGUUCGUAUCUCUUUCACUAGAUUGAACUUAAUCGAAUCGCCCAACUCCUGCGUCUCUGUUUUCAUUAUAGGGUUCCUCUUACUCGAUUUCAAUCCGAUUAACAUGUCUCGCGGUUCAUCAAUUCUCUGUUCUGUUCUGGAUCUAAUUCGUCUCCGAAACGGUAAUGCUCGAUGAUUGCAGGGUUGGGAUCAGACGAACAAUGGACGAGCAAGGUUCCGAUAACAUAAAGAAGUGGAUUGUGCUGUACCCGGUCUACAUAAAUUCCAAGAAGACCAUCGCCGAUGGCAGAAGAAUCGGUGCUCAAAAGGCUUGCGAGAAUCCUACCUGUAUUGAGAUUGCCGAUUGUUGCAAACACCUCAGUCUCCGCUACGCAAUUGAGCCUGAUAAAGCGUAUCCCCGGGAUUUCAUGCAAAGAGGGAGGGUGAGAGUGUUGCUGAAAAGGGAAGAUGGAACUCCCUACAAUCCUUCCAUUCCGACCCGUAAAGAACUAAUGCUCCGUGUGGCUGAGCUGGUUCCUCGGCAUCCAGGAAGGACUAGGAAGCAGGAACCUGCAUCUACUUCAACUUCCGGAGCGUCCAAGUCUGAAAAGGGUAGAAAGAAGAAGAGAUAGUAGCUCGCUUAGAAGUCACUCUUUCACAGAGUAGGUCAUGAUAGAGCUGCUAUGAGUGUGAUGCCCCUGCAAAGUUAUCUGAGAAAUCAGUUGACUAACAGAUGUAUUUAGUUGGCUCUACAACCAGUGUACUUGGCACAUACUGAAAGAAACUUCUGAGCCACCCUCAGGGUAGAAACUUGGAGCUUUGUUUAAUUUGAACACCAGAUGAAGUUGUCUCCUGCUGCAGAGUUUUCCAUUUGCAGUAAUACUGUCCGGUUACGCGAAUGGUUAAUUAGUUUUUUCAUUGUUCAGAGUAUUUCAUCCACCUGCAUUGGUGAUGGUGGUUGCCCGGUAAAUGGUUCUUCUACAUCGUUUGUUUUCGGGUAGGCACUCCUAAUAAGAGCUCCAUAAAGUA